UGUUCUCUUCCUUCUUUCUCCGAUUACAGUUCCAAAAACAACACCCAACCUCCUGGGGUCAAUGGUUAAUACUCCCGAGUGUUUAUAUAGUCUCCAGCGCAGAGCACGGGUCCCUCAGCUCUAGGCCAGCUCCAGCACCAUGGCUGGCUUCUGCCAGAUGACCGUGGCCUUCAGGAAAUACCUGAUCAUAAUCUUGGUACCCCUUGUGUUUCUUCCUCUGCCCCUGGCUAUUCCUACCAAGGAGGCCGAGUGUGGUUACAUCAUCAUAGUGAUGGCACUGUUCUGGUGCACGGAAGCCCUGCCGUUGGCUGUCACCGCUCUCUUGCCUGUCCUGCUGUUCCCAGUGAUGAAUAUCAUGGAUUCAACAACAACCUGCAGGGAGUAUCUGAAGGACACCAAUAUGCUUUUUAUCGGGGGGCUGCUGAUGGCCAUUGCUAUUGAGGAUUGGCACCUGCACAAACGCGUUGCUCUGCGGGUCUUACUUAUCACUGGCGUCAGACCAGCCCUGCUCCUGAUGGGUUUCAUGGUCGUGACCGCCUUCCUUUCGAUGUGGAUCAGCAACACCGCCACCACUGCCAUGAUGGUCCCAAUUGCACAAGCGGUGUUGGAUCAGUUGCACAAGUCCGAAAUAGAGUCUAGCACAGCCGGGCAAUCCUCUGAAAACAUCAAUAAAGCCUUUGAACUGCAGGAAGAGCCAACUAAAUCAGAGAGCUCCAAAGAAACAGGAGGGAAAGGAAACAAUCACAUCCUGACAGUCGAGGAAGGCAAAAAGAGAGAUGAAAAUCUGCUAGAGGAGAAACACAAGAAGCUCUGCAAAGGGAUGUCUCUCUCUAUCUGUUACUCAGCCAGUAUUGGAGGGAUUGCAACUCUGACUGGGACAACACCAAACCUGGUCCUGCAAGGACAAGUGGAUGAGCUCUUUCCUAACAACGGCAAUAUCGUCAACUUUGCCUCUUGGUUCUCCUUUGCCUUCCCCACCAUGGUUUUGCUGCUGGUUUUGGCAUGGAUUUGGCUGCAGAUACUGUACUUGGGCUUUAAUUUUCGGGAGAAUUUUGGUUGUGCCAACAGUGCCUCUGCCAAGGCAAAAGAGCAGCGAGCCUAUGAAAUUAUCAAGGCAGAAACCAAGAAAUUAGGCCCAAUGAGAUUUGCAGAAAUAGCGGUUUUGAUCGUCUUUAUACUACUGGUGGUACUCUGGUUUACGAGAGAUCCUGGUUUCAUACCAGGUUGGGCAACGGUUCUUUUCAACAGAAACAAUACAAGCUAUGUUACUGAUGCUACGGUUGCCAUCUUCGUUUCAGUUUUGUUGUUCAUCAUCCCUUCCGAUAUUUCUAACGACAGCAGAGAGAAGCAACCAACAGGCAGCACAUCAAAGAUCCGAGCACCUCCAGCGCUCUUGAGCUGGAAAGUGGUUCACCAGAAAAUGCCGUGGAACAUUGUGUUUCUGCUGGGAGGUGGCUUUGCCUUAGCCAAAGGCAGCGAGGAAUCCGGUCUGUCUUCAUGGUUAGGCAGCAAACUGACUCCUUUGCAGCAAAUCCCUCACCCAGCCAUUGCUUUCCUCCUGUGCCUCCUUAUUGCCACUUUCACCGAGUGCACCAGCAACGUGGCCACCACCACCCUUUUCCUCCCUAUUCUGGCUUCAAUGGCUGAAGCAAUCUGCCUCAAUCCACUCUACGUCAUGCUGCCCUGUACCCUUUCUGCAUCGCUGGCGUUCAUGCUCCCAGUGGCCACUCCUCCUAAUGCCAUUGUCUUCUCCUAUGGACAACUCAAGGUUAUGGAUAUGGCCAAAGCUGGGUUUGUACUCAACAUCCUAGGAGUCCUGACGAUAAAUCUAGCCAUCAACACCUGGGCUUCGUCUUUGUUCGAACUGCAAACUUUCCCAUCGUGGGCAAAUAGGACAGGUACAUGCCCUUAACACGGAGGGCAAAGGAACCAAACACUGUUGCUGUUAGAACUGCAAUGAGAGCCGGACUACCAUCGACCCCAGCUUUGCUGAGGCAGUAGUUAAGAGAUAGGCUGUUCUGUGAAAAAGGACAAACCACCUCCAAGCAAAAUCAUUCAGUUGAUAACAGCAAUAAAAUUGCCUAACAGUGCUGUUUGCCAGGCAAUUUUGUUACCCCAGCAGUAAGACGAGGUAACCUUUAGCUUUUCGACUGUUCCAGGUGUCUUUAGCUUUUCUGUCUCUGCAGGGGGAGGUUUUCCCCAAGCAUCGCUUUUUCAAGCUCCUCCUGCAUAAAGUCUGAAAUCCACAGCAAGAAAGAAGACGGAGGUGUGUAUAUAAAAGGGAGGAGACUCUACGUACCUAAAUUCAUGUAUAUAUCUGUGUAUUGUCACAACUGGCACAAAUAUUCACCUCUAUGAGAAUACAGGCCCUGUAUAUGUUCAAAACCGUAUGAUUGUUAUACACUUGGUGGGCAUUCACGAGGCCUGUGCUGUACAAUUCCAGACAAAUCCCAUCCUGUCAGCCCAUUCUCUUCCUUUGAAACAUAUUUAUUUGCAGUCCACUCGGUAUGAGUGUAAAAGAUGAUUUUUUUUUUCACUUGCCCCUUUGUUAUUUAUGUACAAUUACAGCCUGCAAGGUCACGAUAAAAUAUCAAUAUUCUCUUGAGAAGGAGAGAAUCCCUGCAUCCUAAAAUAUAUGAUUGAA